AUCCAGUAGGGAGGCUAAGGAAAAAAGUCCGCCAACUUCUCGUCAAGGAAGUAAAGAGCAUCAGGAAGACCGCCCUACGAUGUCUCGUCAAAUAAGUCAAGAGGCAAGGGAAAUGAGUGCUCAUUCUCGACACAGGACUAAAAAGACACGGGAAAGAAGUCCUUCAGUAUCUCGCCAACAAAGUAAAGAGGAAGGGGAAGAAAUUAAUUCGAUUUCUGGUAAAAGAGGUACGGAGGUAAAGCAGAAAAGAUCUUCGAUUUCUCGACAACGGAGAAAAAAAUCAAAGGAAAAAACCCAAAGUAGUGAGGAGUUUGUGGAAGAAAGUCCAUCAAGUUCUGACGAAACCAGUCUGGAAGCAAAGAAAAAAAGUCCUUCAGCGUACCGAGAGAGACGUAAAGACGUAAGAGAAAUAACUCCUUCAAUUUCUAGACGUAGAAGUAAAGAAGACCAGGAAGA